AUGGGGAUAUUUUACUGUAAUAAAGCUUCCGGGAUGACCAGUAACGUCUGGAAUGAGAUUAAAAGUCAGAUUCAGAGCCACGCACCUGAAGGAUUGGAGCUUGAUGAAAUCCACUUGCUGCAACAGAAAUGGAUCCGGGAGUCUCCCUUGCUUAAUGCUGCCAAAGAGAAUGAUGUAGGAGCAAUUAGAAAGCUGCUGGACUGUCCGUCAACUGACCUGCAUGUUAGAGGGGUGGUGGGAGAGACUGCGCUACACAUUGCGGCAUUGUAUGAUAAUCUGGAGGUGGUGGAAUUACUGCUGGAAGCUGCUCCAGACCUCCUUGAUCAGCCGUUUACUUCCGCCUUAUAUGAAGGACAAACUGCCCUGCAUAUUGCUGCUGUGAACCAGAACUUGGAACUGGUGAAGCUGUUGAUUCGGAAAGGUGCUGACGCCUCAUCCCCCCGUGCCACUGGGAGCUUCUUCUCUUACGGCACUGAGAACCUGUUUUACUUCGGUGAACACAUACUGAGCUUUGCUGCUUGUGUCGGCAAUGAGGACAUUGUCCGACUACUCAUUGAGAAUGGAGCCAGUGCCCGAGCUCAGGACUCUUAUGGCAACACCAUACUCCACAUCCUCGUACUGCAACCUAAUAAGACCUUCUCCUGCCAGAUGUUGGACUUUAUAUUGUCCUGCGAUGAAGAACAGGAGGAUGUGGACCUUCUAAUGAUCCCUAAUUACAUGGGACUUACUGCCUUCAAAUUAUCAGCCGUAGAAGGAAACAUUGUUAUGUUCCAGCAUCUGUUAAACAAACGGAAACGAGUCCAAUGGAUAUUUGGUCCAGUCAGUUCCAUUUUGUAUGACCUUUCAGGCAUCGACUCCUGGGGAGAAGACCAGUCUGUCUUGGAGCUUGUGGUGUCUUCCAAAAAAAGAGAAGCACGGAAUAUCCUAGAUCUCACCCCUGUGAAAGAGCUAGUUAGCCUGAAAUGGCGGAGCUACGGCCGACCAUACUUCUGGUUUUUAGCGGCAGUCUACAUGCUGUAUAUGAUCUGCGUAACGAUGUGCUGCACCUACAGGCCUCUGAAGUCCUUGCCAAGCCCCCUUAAUAAUUCUCGUGAUGCAACCAUAUUAACUCAACGACCUCUUCAUGAGGCAUAUGUAAGCUAUCAAGAUAAACUCCGUCUGGUUGGGGAGCUAAUCAGCGUGAUUGGAGCAAUUGCCAUUUUACUUCUCUUGAUUCCAGAUCUAUUAAGGGUUGGAGCCACCAGAUAUUUUGGACAGACUGUUCUUGGUGGACCAUUUCAUAUUAUCAUAAUUGUUUUUGCCUGCAUGGUGAUGGCGGUGUUGGUCAUGAGAUUGACCAACAGCAGCGGAGAGUUAGUUCCCAUGUCGGUGAGUCUGGUCCUCGGAUGGUGCUAUAUAAUGUAUUUCACAAGAGGUUUCCAGAUGCUUGGACCCUUCACCAUCAUGAUACAAAAGAUGAUAUUCGGGGAUCUACUGCGCUUCUGUUGGCUGAUGGCUGUAGUUAUUCUCGGAUUUGGUGCAGCUUUUUUUGUGAUAUUUGACACCCAAGAUCCGGGAAAGCUGGGUCAGUUCAUGACCUUCCCGAUGGCCCUGUUUAGCACGUUUGAACUAUUCCUCACAAUCAUCGAUGGUCCGGCCAAUUACGACGUGGAUUUACCGUUCAUGUUCAGCCUCCUGUUCUCUGCGUUUAUAAUCGUUGCAGCCCUUCUGAUGCUGAAUCUUCUGAUUGCCAUGAUGGGGGACACGCACUGGCGGGUGGCCCACGAAGGAGAUGAAUUAUGGAGAGCACAGGUUGUAGCCACCACCAUAAUGCUUGAACGGAAGAUGCCAAAAGCCCUUUGGCCUCGUUUGGGGAUCUGUGGGAAGGACUAUGACUUAGGGGAUGUCUGGUAUCUCCGAGUUGAGGAGCGGAAGGACUUGGACAAGAAGAAAGUGAAAGAUUAUGUGGAUGCCUUUCUGAGCAGUGAUGAAAAUGAUGAUCAUCAUGAGAAGCUUUCUCUGAAAUCUGACUGCCACUGCCAUGAAGAUAAGCCCAUCGCUAAGAAAGUAUCUAUAGUGGAAACCCCUAAUUUGCUCAGAAGACUAUCUCAGCGCAAGACGAGGAGUAGAGGUUGGAAUAUCCUCAGGAAGGCCACACUUGCCCAGCUUCAGGGCAAAGUAAACUAUGCACUGGACAUUGACGAGGAGGUCUACGAAGUGUGA